UUAAGGCGCACAAAACGUCGAGCGGAUAGUUAAACACCUUACAAAUAUCUCGGAAAAUCCACAUAUAUCCAAAGUUAACAAGUUCUAGUACUGGCCGGAGAGGAAAUGCUGUGAAAGCGAUCGAGGGAAUCAUCAGCAGCUAGUCAUCAGAGAGAGAAAUCAUCCUGCCAGCGGCCAUGGCCAAGCCCCACUCGGAUGCAGAUGCCUCUGGCCUGGGCUAUGCCUACCAGCUGCCGUCCGGAGGCCUUCUGCUUCGCCUGAAGUCGUCUCUCUCGCAGUUCAGCGAUUUGUUCAGCGACUUCAGCAGGUACAUCUCGCCCGCCUAUCAUCACGACCGCUGCGAGAGGUCCGUCCACAUGCGGCUCUACUCGAUGCACAAGCGCGAGUUCGUCAUGGUCUUCCUGGGCUUCUUCACCUGCUUCGGUCUGGGCAUUGUUAUUGGGUUGACGGGUCCACCCAUAACCAGCACCUCCUCACUGACUGCACAGCAAAUACUGGCCAACACAUCGCUGGCCCACAGUCCCACGGUGCUGGCAACAGGACCCUUUGCCAUGAAGUCGCCUCUGACCACCACCUACUCGCAGCAGCUUUGGCUAAUAGCAAAGCUAGUGACUGAUAACAACGAUGACGAGCGCUACGACAAGAGUUUCCAGGUCAGCGUCUCCAUCGAUGGCAUCAACGAACAGCACAAGCCGCAAAAUGUUCUGGGUUCUGGAGUAUCCCACAAUCGGACACGGCACCUGCUCUGUGUGCGCAACGAUUGCGAGGAGUUUACGCUGAUGCAUCUGGGAUUUCUGGACUACGCUCACUACAUCAUUACAGUGCGUUUCUAUGGGUUGGAGUCGUUCCACCAGAAGUACAACAUACGAAGCAUCACCUUCUACUUCAAGACAUACAGUCCAGAGUUUACGCAGAUAGAGAUCUGGUUUAGGUGCAUCUUCCUGCUGUUCACGUUCAUUGUUAUCUGUUGGUAUGCUCACACCCUGCGGAAAUAUCCCAUAUACGAUUGGUCCAUUGAGCAGCGAUGGCUGUCGGUUCUGCUGCCGCUGCUACUGCUCUAUGACAAUCCAUUCUUUCCGCUGAUAUUUCUUAUGAACUCCUGGCUGCCGGGCAUGCUGGACGCCAUUCUCCAGGCUACGUUCCUCUGUGCCCUGCUCAUGUUCUGGCUAUGCAUUUACCAUGGACUGCGCCAGAACGAGCGCAGCUUUGUCCGCUUCUAUAUGGUCAAGGUGAUUGUUGUCUUGCCAAUAUGGCUAUGCGCCAUUGUCCUGGCCACCUGGGAGAAGUGCAACGAGCUGAGGGAUCCCACAUAUAGUCACUUUGUGGAUACGAAGAAUUACAAUGGUUUUAAGAUGUUCUUCUAUAUUGCCUGCUGCAUGUAUGUCUUGUAUCUGGUGCUUCUGCUGCUUAGAGCCUAUACCGAGCUCCGUUCCAUGCCCUAUUUUGAUAUGCGCCUAAAGUUUCUCACGCUUCUCAUGCUGUUCGUCCUGUCCAUAUCCAUCACUGUGACCACUUGCCGCUUCGGAUUUGGCAUCUUGGAGGACAACUUCGUGGCCUCUCUGAACACCACCUAUCGUAGCUCGGCGCAGUUCAUGUGCUUUUACGGGCUGCUAAAUUUCUAUCUGUACACCAUGGCGUAUGUGUAUUCACCGGAUGGACGCUUUGCCCAGGCCGAGCUGGCGGUUACCAAGGAUAAUCCAGCCAUCUCCAUGAUUGAUGACUCCGAUGAGGACGUGGUGUACGGUUCUGAUGAGGAAUCACGGCGACCCCUUACAUCGGUGGGCGGCGGCGGCGGUGGUGGAAAGAACGACUACGACAGCGAUUAAUCGUAGCGCCAAGAAGCUCCAUGAGAUUCCAAACACAAUGUUCCAAAGCGCAAG